AAUAAACCAUCUUUCCUUCUAGAUUGUGCAAGUUUAUAUUCUGUUCAAAAACCAAUUAAUUGCAGGCAUCUUCUGCUUCUGUAAUUUUCAGUAUUGGUCUUUCAUCUUAAGGAAGGAGAACUAGAAUAGCUGGUUUAUUAGAGAAGGGAAAAUAAGACCGAGAAAUCUGUGUUUUAAUUGGACAGGGAGAAUGGCUGAAUUUGGAAAGUGCCUGUUUGGAUGUUUACCAUCAUUUUAUGAAAAAUCUAAGCCAGCCUUGGCCAUGAUAAUUGUUCAGAUUUGCUUUGCAGGGUUGAAUAUACUAUCAAAAAUUGCACUGAACCAGGGCAUGUCUCACUAUGUAUUAAUAUUUUACAGGCAAUUAUUCGCUACAAUAGCUACAGCUCCUGUGGCUUACAUCUUGGAAAGGAAGACAAGGCCAAAGCUGACAAUCAGAAUCUUUGGUGAAAUUUUCAUCUGUAGUUUUCUUGGGAUCUCAUUGAAUAUGAAUUUUUACUACACAGGAUUGAGUUAUACAACAGCGACAUUUUCAACUGCACUGCUCAAUCUAGUCCCUGCCAUUACUUUUCUAAUGGCUAUUGUUUUUAGGAUGGAAAGAUUAAGUAUUAGGAGUCUGGCUAGUCAAGCAAAGAUAGUUGGAACCUUAGUUUGUGUGAGUGGAGCCAUGACAAUGACAUUCUACAGAGGAAUAAAAAUACAGCUAUGGCCAUCACCUUUCGAUUUGAGUCGAUACACUAAGAGCAAUACAACUACUGAAGAUUUCACUAAAGGUUCUUUGUUCGUGGUGAUGGGUUGUAUCUGCUUUUCAACAUGGUUUAUUUUGCAGACACACAUUAGUAAGAAAUAUCCAGUUCAGUACUCCAGCACUGCCAUAAGCUUCUUUUUGGCCACCAUACAAUGUGCUGUUAUAACGCUAAUUUUUGAAAGAGGUCAUUAUGGGGUGUGGGUUCUAGGCUGGAAUGUCAAGCUUCUUACUGCAAUCUAUUCUGGAGUCAUAGCUUCAGGAGUUGCUUUUUGUUUGAUGGCAUGGUGUAUAAAGAAAAGGGGUCCUAUAUUUACCACUAUGUUUGGGCCACUUGUAUUAGUAAUAGUAGCUUUAUUCGGCUCUAUACUUCUUGAUGAGAAGUUUUAUUUAGGAAGUGUUAUUGGUGCCAUUCUGAUUGUUAUAGGUCUAUAUAUUAUGCUUUGGAGCAAAAGCAAAGAAAUGGAAAAGAUUGUAAAGAUACCAAGUACACCAUCAUCAAUCUCUAGUAGUAAGGAAUCAAAUAAUGUGGAACAAAAAGAAGACUUGAUUAACAUAUAAUAAAAUGGGGAAUUGAGUUGUCAUUAUCAAUAUAAUGUGAAGCAUUAUUUUUAAAUUGUAUCAAAUAUUUUAUUGGAAGAAAUAUACACUUAUUAGUAAUUA